GGGUGGACUGAGAAAGAACUAGUCUAAAACCUAACCCCGCCGCCGGCAUUACUUAGCUUCCGAUUCGGAAGAGUUACUCAUCUUCGCCAAUGGAAAAUUGGAGCUACUUUCUAUUCGGCGGCACCAACUUCGAUAGGAAGAAGUUCGCCCGUGUUUUUGAUUGGUUCAAGGACAACAAAGAAACCGAUGGUAAAGUGGAGAACUUGCCGUUGUUCCAUAAUGGAAGCUUCCAACCGGAGGAACGGUCAGUUUCCAUCAAGAAGAGAAAGCCAAAGCCAGUUGCUUCAGUGUCUGUAAGAGUUCAAAAAGAGCACCUGUGGUGAAAGAAGAGAAUGAAAAGGAUGAAGAUAAGCUCUCAAAAGAAAAGAAGGAGCUUUACAGAUAAUUGGAGAUAUGGAUGUAAAUCCUAUUUGUUACGCAAUUUUGCUAAACUUGGAUUUAAAGAGCCAACACCAAUGCAAAGGCAGGCUAUUCCUGUUCUUCUAUCUGGUCAGGAGUGCUUUGCUUGUGCUCUUACUGGAUCUGGGAAAACAUUGGCUUUUGUGUCUCCAAUGCUUAUGAAACUUAAGCAUGCAUCAACCACUGGCAUAAGAGCAGUUAUUUUGUGUCCUACACGUGAGUUAGCUGCUCAGACAACCAGAGAGUACAAGAAGCUUGCAAAAGGAAAAAAAAGUCCAUAUCAAGUUGAUGACUAAAGAGCUAGCAAGAAAUGCUGAUUUCUCAAAGCUGCCUUUGUGAUAUAUUUAUAUCCAUGCCACCUGGGUUACAUUUGGCUAUCAACAUAAGAAAAAUCGAUUUAAGCAGGUGUGUAAUAAUAAUUGUCUAACUGAUUAUUGAUUUGAUUGUUCAAGGUGACACAGAAACAGAUAGAAUUUGAACUUUAAUGUUUUGGAGCUUAAGGAUCUUAACACAAUGGCUCUGAAUAUGAUAAUGAUGAAAACCAGAAGAUGCACACUUGCACAGAAGCUUCCCCUGAUGGUGUAUAGGGCAUAGACCAAGCAAACCAUUACACUUAACAUUAAAAUUCUUAAUAAAAUGAUUUCCAUCUC